GAAAUUGUAUAUUCAAGCAGGUAUAAGAAGUAUCCACUCCUUCGAUUUUACUAGAUUUCGAUAGAUUCCAAACGACGCCAUGAAGGGACUCAUUGCAUUAGUCACUUUCGCUGCUGCAUCAUCCACCUACGCGACGCGUACUUUCACCGUCACUAACAACUGCGCCUACACUGUCUGGCCAGCGAUUUACACCGACCUCAACGUCGGUACCUCUGUGCCCGACCAAGUCACUGGUUGGGAAGCAGCUGCUGGAAGUACAGUGUCUUUCUCCGUCCCGGAUGACUGGACAGCCGGCCGUAUCUGGGGCCGUACCGAUUGCGACUUCUCUACGAAUCCUGGGCCUACCUCCUGUGCCACUGGUGGAUGUAAUGGUGGACUGGAGUGUGAUUCUACCACCGGAACUGGUGUUCCUCCUGCUUCUGUUGCCGAGUGGACGCUUGAAGGAUCCAGCGGCGAGGAUUGGUACGAUGUUUCUCUCGUCGAUGGGUUUAAUAUUCCGAUGGCUAUCACCAACAAUGUUGGCUGCUCCACCGCUAGCUGCCCCACCAACCUGAAUACCGACUGCCCAUCCAAGCUCGCUUUAACGUCGUCUGGAACCACGGUCGGAUGCAAGAGCGCGUGUUACGCCAAUCUUGAUGGCAACCAAGCUGACUCUGGCAACUGCUGCAGCGGCAGCUAUAGCACUGCUGCCACUUGCCCAUCUAGCGGUGUUGAAUACUACAGCUAUUUCAAGGAUGGUUGCCCGGAUUCCUAUGUCUACGCCUACGACGAGAGCAGCGGCACCGCCUUGUGGACGUGUGGAAGUACCCUUGCGGCCAACUACGUGCUCACUUUCUGCCCUUAAAAAGGAAGGAAAUACAUAGAUCUUUCAACCUCCUAAACCCUUCGCUCGUUCUAUUUAAGUACUAAGUAAUUGUUCUAUCCACCAAC